AGUUACGUGCUAUCUGCGCGUGCGUACAUCCGCCGGUCUGUAUGCUUCUGUACUGAGACUCAUCGGCAGACAUGGAAGAACAGAGCCGGAGUCAACAGACAACCCCGAGCGGGAAAGGCAAGGAGGCCGGCGGCGAGAAGCGCGAUCCGGCGAAGGAUAAGAAGGAGGAGCAGGAACUGUCGGAAGAAGACAAGCAAUUGCAGGAUGAACUUGAAAUGCUUGUGGAGAGACUGGGGGAGAAGGAUAGCUCACUUUACAAACCGGCUCUGGAGGAACUCCGUAGACAGAUUCGCUCUUCCACCACUUCUAUGACUUCUGUUCCCAAACCUCUGAAGUUCUUGAGACCACAUUAUGGGAAACUGAAGGAAAUAUAUGAGAGUAUGGAACCUGGAGAAAAUAAGCGUUUUGCUGCUGAUAUCAUUUCCGUUCUUGCUAUGACUAUGAGUGGUGAUAGAGAAUGUCUUAAGUACCGACUCUUUGGGUCACAGGAAGAACUGGCAUCAUGGGGACAUGAAUACGUAAGGCACUUGGCAGGGGAGGUUGCCAAAGAGUGGCAAGAAGUGGAAGAAUCCGAUAAAUCCCAGCGGGAUACACUGCUGACGUUGGUGAAGGAGAUUGUCCCAUACAAUAUGGCCCACAAUACUGAACAUGAAGCCUGCGACCUGCUCAUGGAAAUUGAGCAAAUGGAUAUGCUGGAAAAGUACAUUGAUGACAACGCAUAUUCUAAAGUUUGCCUCUACCUCACCAGUUGUGUGAGUUAUGUCCCUGAACCCGAGAAUUCGUCCCUCCUGCGUUGUGCUCUGUCUAUUUUCCGAAAGUUCAAUCGUUAUCCAGAGGCAUUGCGCUUGGCGCUCAUCCUAAAUGACAUGGAACUUGUGGAAGACAUCUUCACUUCUUGCAAGGAUGUACUGCAGCUAAGAUAUGGAGAGCCCACGCUCCGAAGAGCAGUUCCUUUGGCUCUGGCCCUCAUCUCUGUCUCCAAUCCAAGGUUGAACAUCUUGGACACAUUGAGCAAGUUCUCCCAUGAUGCAGACCCUGAAGUGUCCUAUAAUUCCAUCUUUGCCAUGGGCAUGGUGGGCAGUGGCACCAACAAUGCCCGUCUUGCUGCUAUGCUGAGACAGUUAGCCCAGUAUCAUGCAAAGGAUCCCAACAAUCUGUUUAUGGUGCGACUGGCACAGGGACUCACUCAUUUGGGGAAAGGGACACUCACACUGUGCCCAUAUCAUAGCGAUCGUCAGCUCAUGAGUCAAGUGGCGGUGGCUGGCUUAUUAACUGUCCUUGUGUCCUUCUUGGAUGUUAGGAACAUUGUGUUGGGCAAGUCACAUUAUAUACUGUACGGUUUAGUAGCUGCAAUGCAGCCACGAAUGUUGGUCACAUUUGAUGAGGAGCUACGGCCUCUGCCAGUCUCUGUCAGAGUUGGACAAGCUGUGGAUGUUGUCGGCCAGGCUGGCAAGCCCAAGACAAUCACAGGAUUCCAGACACACACAACGCCUGUAUUGCUGGCACAUGGUGAACGGGCAGAGCUGGCCACAGAAGAGUAUCUGCCUGUAACCCCCAUUCUUGAGGGAUUUGUCAUCCUUCGAAAGAACCCUAAUUAUGAUGUGUAGUGCUUGAAAAAAGUGGUGGGAGGGAGAGACGUGGGAUCGUGGGACUAGUUGUGUUUUCUUUUUGUUACUAAAUCUUAUUAAAUAAUUUGACAACCAUUAUUCUGGAUUAAUAAUUCCUCCCAUCAGCAAACAAAAACCUUUCAUUCGAGGCUUUGUGUACAUGUGUUAUUGGGUUGGGUCGAACAGAAGGAAAUCCAGUUGGUUGCUGGUAUUUAUGUGCUCAUUGGAGAUUGCUUAUAUCAUCGGAGUGCCUGUCUCUGUGGAUCCACUUAGACACUGAACAUCACUGGAUCAGUUUGGUCUAAAUUUUAUUAUUUUGUGUAUAUAUAUCAUAUGGGUUUUAUUAGAUUCUCAACUCCACACCAUUAGAUGCCCAUACGAAUACAAUGUAUUUCUUUGCUACAUUUUACGCCUUCUAUACCCCGGACAAGUGAAAUAAAGUAAAAUAUUCUGUAAAACCCAAGGGACCUUUCUGCUUAUAAAAGAAAAAGAUUGUGUUUGGUCCCUUUAAAUCAACUGUUACUCGUUUACAGUUUCAGGAAAUAAACUGAAUUCCAUUUC